AUGGUGGCGCCGUGGCUUACAGCAGGGACCGUCGUGAUCUUGUUAUGUGGGGCAUCUGCUCAGACCAUUACACAGCUGGUGCCAGGUUUUCAGGCAACACCUGGAUUUACAGUGUCGACAGACAUCACAACAUUGACGACCUCAGGGCAGUUCGUGACGGUGUCCUGGACGGGCAACCCAAGCCCCACCAACAACGAUGCCAUCGCUGCCUACGUGCUCGCGCCAAACGUGACAGUGGACGGCCUGUCUCCCUUCAAGUUCCAGUGGAUCAACCGCUCGCCCGGGGCUGAAUCAUCCGGAUCUGGAUCCCUCAAGUUCCAGGUAUUCAAUCAGCGCUACCCUACGGUGUUCCUUUACUUCAGCAACAUUACCAGUGUGGGCUUUGGCAAUGUGGCAUGGAGCUCCAGCAGAGUGAAGGCUGUCAGCCCACCCAUCGCCAUCAAUCCCAACGAGCCCACUCAGGGUCACCUCACAUUCACAAGCACCCAGGGGGAGGUGAGCGUGCAGUGGACCACGAGGGAUGUGGGCACGCCAGUCGUCAAAUUUGGCACCUCAUCAGGCCAGUACGGCGCUCCAGUGCCGGCCAAGACCGGAGGCUACACCCGCGACAUAAUGUGCGGCCAGCCGGCAAGCACCUACGGCUAUUUUGACCCGGGUUCCCUGCACUACGGGACCAUUGCGGGCCUGGCACCGAACACAAAGUAUUACUACACCUAUGGUGAUGCCGUACUGGGUCUGUUUGCGCCCGAGUCCUCCUUCGUCACCCCUCCGCUGCCGGACUCAUCUGCUGCUGUGCACUUCCUGGCAUGGGCCGACGCCGGGCAGGCAAACGCAGCUGAUUACGAUGACAUUGACACGUCGCCUGAUGGCACGGAGGCGCACACAUACUGGACAGCCUAUGACACUUGGGAACAGGAACAGGCGACUCAGCCGUCAUCCCUGAAGCUUGUGCAACGGCUGUUGGAUGAGGUCAAGACAUUCAAGCCGACCCUGGCAAUUAACAAUGGUGACAUCAGCUAUGCCAGGUUUGGCACCAGAUCCAACUACAACCCCAAGGGAAGUGUCAGCCAGUGGGAUGUCUACUUUGAGCAGUACAAGUCGCUGUACACCCAGCUCCCUGUCAUGUCUCUCCCAGGCAACCACGAGCGUGACUGGCCCAACACUGGUGACCGCUUCUACCCGCUGCAGAGCCGCUCCGACUCCGGUGGCGAGUGUGGCAUUCCCUACCAGCAGCGCCUGCGCAUGCCCACCAAAAACAGCACCAACGAAUGGUACUCCUUUGACCACGGCCCCAUCCAUUUCAUCCAGACGUCCACAGAACAGCCCUUUGGAGCAGGAUCACCCCAGUGGCAGUUUGUGGUUGCCGAUCUGAUGGCUGUGGACAGGUCCAAGACUCCGUGGGUUGUUGUGGGAUUCCACCGCCCCAUUUACACCACGUCUCUGGAGGGUGUCACUCUUGCGUCAGACCUGCAGGUUGCAAAUGACCUGAGAGACGCUUAUGAGCAGAUCUUUUUCCAAUAUGAGGGUGACCUGACCCUCUCUGGGCAUGUGCACCUGUAUGCGCGCACAUGCCCUGUGCUGAGGAAGGGCUGCCUGGGAUUCAACAAGACCACCGGCGCCCCCAACGCACCCAUCCACCUCUCCAUCGGCAACGGAGGGUAUGCCAUGAGUUGGUUCGUCAACCACGACACGCCAGACUACUUUGACGCGCACAUCCUGGAGCAUGGAUACAUUCGGGCCGAGGUUGACGCCACCUCUCUGCACAUCACGGCCCUUGCGAGUGAGACUGGCAAGGUGAUGGACGACUUCACCAUCAAGAAGGCGGCCGGUUUCAAGCCAGACCUCAACGCUCGCAACCAGUUCCUCUACAGCGGCUACCAGCCAAACUACAAGCCCACCUUCCUGGAGGCAAGACCCACCACUGCCUUCUUGCCCUUCUCUGAGCUUUACCCAAAUGCGUUCUGCAUUGACGGCACAGAUCCCGGCCUCAGCCCGGACACAGUCUUCUUCAACCUCUUCUUCAAGAAUUUGGCUGCUGACCUCAAGAAGGACAAGGCUCUGCUCGCCAGCAUUGCCAACGCCAGCUUGGUGGUCGGUGGACCCAACCAAGAGGACAACGUGCCAAACCUGUCCGAGAUAUUUGAUGCUUAUGCUAAGAUCCUACGGCGCCCCAGCUUCCUCAAGGAGAACGGCAUUACGGACCCCACUGUUGCAGCAAAGUUCAUCUACAAGGCCUUCCUGCCCCUGUUCCAGCAGUUUGACAAGAACCGCAUCGCUGCGGCGCUGAACCCCAGCCUUGACCCCAAUGUCUUGAAGGAUCCCACGACGUCGACUGCAACGGAGACCUUGGACCCUUACAGGAUUGUUGGCAACAUAGCCAGCAACAUCAAGAACCCCCUUGUCUUCAACCAGGAAGAUACCACCACUUCCACACCCUAGGUUGUGUGGCUAGCUAGUGCUAGCUAUAGCAAGUGUCUCAGCUGCACUACUGAGCAGAUCAUAGGUCAGAUUGCCUCAUCAUUUUUGAUUCCGAAUCAGUGAGUCACAGCCUGCUCAGAUGACUUUGCUGGCAAAGUUUGGACUCCUCAAUUUAUUUGUGAGCAGCAUGUGCUAUUGCCCAUGCUUCUGCUCAGAGGUUUUGACCCAUACAUAAUUGUUGGAGAAUUGCCAGUCAGUAUGAACCCUAUUGAGUUCAAGUACAUAGACUCCUCAGAUAUUGAGCCCAGUGGUCCGGUGCAAGAAGAUUUGUAUGGCUGGUGGGACUAGCCCCUGCUUGCAUCAGAGCAGAGCAAGCUCUCGCGCCGGUCACAUUGACAUGGUUGGAGCUUGUAUGCAAAUGCUUCAGACACCGCUGUUCAGCUGCGCGUAGGCAGGGAAUUGUUUUAUUAUUGUCACAUUUCAUGUUUAGGGGAUAGCGAGACAAAUUACAGAGCAUGAUUGUCACAGUGUGGACCAGAAAAUUGAUGUCAGCAGGGGUGUAUGGUGGGAUUUUAUAACGCUUAUUGACGUGAUGCAGAUGUUGUAACAAAUUGUUACU